AUGGACGCUGCUCUGAAUGCUCUCUUGGCUGGGCAAUCUGUGAAGGAGGCUACUCAAAGGGUAGCCGAGGUUAUUUCUUCCAGGUCGGGUACUCGAUCUCCUCCUCCCCCAGCAUCUUCUCAGGCUCCUAGACCGAGUUUCCGACGUAGCAAGUCAUCUCGGCCCUCUAGCCGCAGCAGAUCGAGCUCGACCUACCAAUCUUCUGAAGCCCCCUGGCCUCGACGCUCUUCUACUGAGAGGAUGGAAGAGGCUCCAGGGGUUAUUUCUGAAAUGGCUGAGGAAACCAGGCUGGCGAGGACGGAUCCCAUUCUUCCUCCUGUGGAUGUUUCUGCUGUGGGACUUGAGGUCUCCAUUACUGAAGAGGAGGCUCCAGGACAAAGAAAAGAGGUUAUUCUUAUAGACGAAGAUGUUCAGGAGGCUCCUGCCGGAGAUGCCCCUGUUCCUGAUGAGGUUGGAUCCGGCCUUGCUAGUGAUGGAGGUGUUAUAGAGAAGGCUGGGGACAAGCGCCCCGCCUCCCCCGAAAUGUCUGCCCCAGCUCCUGCUCGGAAGAAAUCUAGGGCUUCCAAGGGGUCGGCUCCAGCUCUCCCUCCUCUUGAGAAGAAAAAGGAUGUUCCCACGGUGCCCCUGAUGUCUGCUUCCGACAACGACAUUUUGAACGUGGAGGACAUCACUCAUCAGUCUCCUGCGAGCGUAGUUGCUGAAAUCAUCAAGGAGCGAAUGUUUGGUGGCGUCACAGAGGCUUCAGACCCACGCCUGCUUGCUCUCACUGGCCUUCUAGCUAGUUCUACCAGGGAGCAGGCAGCGUUCCGCCCAGAGCACGCCAAGUCCCUGGAGGCGGAGUUAUCUCACGCCAGAAGGGUUCUUAAAGAGUCUGACGAGAGGGCAGCUGCAGCAGAGGUCCGUUGUGAGGAAGUUUUGAAGCAGCUGUCCUCUGCAGUGGAUGCUCUAUGUGAGAGGGACGAGGCUGUGAGCCAGAAGGAGGAGGUCCAGUGCCAGUACGAGCAGCUGAAGGUAAAAUUUGAUGCCGUUCUAGCUCAAAAGAGUGAAGCCGUAGCUCGGGUUGUGGUCCUGAAGCAGGAGCUGAGCAAGCAAGCUGAUAGUGUUAAGGGCUUGACUUUGGUGGCAGAGGAGUCCAAACUUCAGAAUCAGCAACUCUGCCAACAAGUCGAAUCCUUGGAGACGAGGUGCUCAGCUCUACUUGAAGAAGUUAAAUUGGCUGAGGACAGGGUCCAGCUGGAGGUCGAGAAGUGUUUAAGGGAGUAUAAGGAGUCCCCUGAGCUGAAGAAGGAGAUCCAGCAGGCCUGUGAAGCUCACCUCCAGGACUAUACAAGUUCUUCUGAAUUUAAAGUCAAGAUAGCUGAGGCCUGUGAGAGGUGA